CUCAGCAUCCCCCGGCUGUCUCCGCCCUCCCGCGGUUCGCUAUAGGCUGGAGGAUUUAAGCGGGCCCGCCGUAAGGAUGUGAGCUUUCGGAGACUGAUUGAUUUCAAAAGUUGACGGGUUUCGAGUUUCACAGAACACCUAUCGGCACAUUGCACUGCAUUACAGUGGAGUUGUUGCAUGCGUCUGUUUGGGCAGAGAUGAACGCAGAGUUGGAUUACGGAGGCUCCGGGAGCAGCGGGAACGGAAAGCUGCGCCAGUGGCUCAUCGAGCAGGUGGACUGCGGUAAAUACCCCGGUCUGGUGUGGGAGAACGACGAGAAGACCAUCUUCAGGAUACCGUGGAAACACGCCGGGAAACAGGACUACAACCGGGAUGAGGAUGCCGCGCUUUUCAAGGCCUGGGCGCUGUUCAAAGGCAAGUAUCGGGAGGGGAUCGACAAGCCGGACCCGCCGACCUGGAAGACUCGCCUCCGCUGCGCCCUCAACAAGAGCAAUGACUUUGAGGAACUUGUGGAGAGAAGCCAGUUGGACAUCUCAGACCCGUACAAAGUCUACCGCAUCAUCCCCGAGGGCGCCAAGAAAAGACCCCGGCAGGAGGACAGUCCCCUGAGUCCAAUGAGCUAUCAGGUGCACCCCUCCUAUCCUGCCCUGCAGACUCAGAUGUCUUCGUACAUGCCCACACCAGAAUGUGGCUGGAGAGAUUUCUGCCAGGAGCCGACUGCCCUGUCUGAGUUGCCCUUCAGUCAGUGUCCCUGUCCCCCCCGCAGCCUGCAAUGGCAGGGCCCGUCCAUGGAGAAUGGAUACCAGCUCAGAGCCUCAAUUUACUCGUACGGUCCUCCUGACAGCCAGGCCUCGCCGUUCCCACUGGACGCCAGCAUCAGAUCAGCGGAAGCGCUCUCAGACUACCGCCUGCACGUGUCUAUAUAUUUCCGGGACAAUGUGAUAAGGGAGGUGACCACAUCCAGUCUGGAGGGGUGCCACAUCAUGCCGUGCCCCCCAGAGGAGAAGCACUACCUGCAGCCUGGGAGUCCUGAGGUGAUCCCACUGCCUAUGGACGGUCUCAGGAGGCCAGAAGAGUGUCCCCCGAGUCCCCCGUCCGCCUUGGACAGGGGAGUGUUAUUGUGGAUGGGCCCAGAUGGACUCUACGCUCGGAGGCUGUGUCAGAGCAGAGUGUACUGGCAGGGAGGACUGGCCCAGUAUGGAGACAAGCUCAACAAACUGGAGAGAGAGGUCAACUGUAAACUCCUCCACACACAGGACUACCUGACAGAGAUCCAGAGUUACGGGCUCCAUGGUCGGCCGCUGCCACGUUUACAGAUCCUGCUGCACUUUGGAGACGAGUGUCUGGACCCGCAGAGACAGAGACGGACCCUCACUGCCCAGGUGGAGCCGAUGUUUGCCAGGCAGCUCCUGUACUACGCCCAGGGGAUGAGCAGCCACUUCUACCGCGGCUUUGAGCACCCGGGAGUCCCGGACCACAUAAACACCUCGGAGGACUACCAGAGGGCCAUCACACAUCACCACAGCAGCAGCCUGCAGGAGUGAUCUCAGGAGGUUCAAGUGACUGUUGAAAACUUCAAGAUGCAAAGAUGAACUUUAACACAAGAGGCCAGAAAACUCUGAAACAAGAGGACAGUAUUAUACAUAAUGGACAUUUAGUGACAUCCCCUGAAGGGAGUGUAUAGUUGGAACCAAAGUUGCAGUAUUAUUUUCUUUCCUUACUGUAUUUUUAGGGCACCACGAUUCUUUUUCUAUGCAAGACAAACUGACAGCCUAAGUGAUUGUACUGUAGAAAACUGUGCAGUGAAUUUUAGUGCCUCAAGGGGAUAGUUUGACAUUUUGGGAAAUACGCUUAUUCACUUUCUUGCCAAGAGUUAGAUGAGCAGAUCGCUCAAGUCUGUACUGUAAAUAUGAAGCCGGAGCCAGCAGGCGGUUAGCUUAGCUUAGCACAAAGACUGAAGACAGGGGGAAACAGCUAGCCUGGCUCUGUCCAAAGGUCACAUUUUAGCAGCUUAUGUUGUUGUUGCAACAGCCAGUAACUUCCUGGAGCCCCUGUUGGUUAGCCCGGUAUAUAACAACGACAUAUAACAUGUGAUCUUUAAAAGGGAGCCGGGCUGUUAGCUUAGCAGUCUUUAUGCUAAGCUAGAGCGUUAUAGAUUUAGUCAUUUAACUCUUCUUCUAAAUAAUUUUGUUGCUAGGAGACACUAUCACCACCAUUUAAUAAAUUAUGAAUGAGGUUUUGUGCCUGGCUGUGCACAGUAUGUGUGAGGGAUCUCAGGGAGCAGAUUUUAGAUACGCUUUUUUAACUCAAUUUUGUGUCAAAUAUUUCAGUUUUAUGAUGUAUUUUUUACAUUUAAGUGUCAUAAAUCAAAUCUGAGAAUCUGUUUUUUUCCGUCUUGAAUGAGCACAUUUCUGUUCUUAAAAAACAAUAAAUGGCUU